UCGCAAUCUUUGUUGACGCAUUUUGAAUCCAUAUGCAUUGUUUGUAUUUUAGAUCUGGUUUCUCGUGGGGAAUGAAGUGUUCGAAUUUUGCUUAAUAAUGAAAAAUGCUGCUGCUGAAUACAUUUUUUUCUACAAGUUACUCAAUCAUAUGUAUUUCAUAUCCAGAAAAUGCGAAAGCGACCACUCGAUAUCACUGAAGUUUAUUGAAGGUCCUACUCAGUUAUCAAAGGAUGACUGUCUAUAUUUCGCGGGGAAAGGAGGCAAGUUAGGUGAUCUAAGUGGAACUAUGUCGUGUAUUCGACUUUUAGCGGUGUUAAUGUGUAUUUUUUUAAUGACGUUACUCGCCAGUGACUGAGAAUUGCUCAUUGUCAAGAUAUAUCUUUAAAAGUAAUCAAGUGUGAAAAACAAAAAGUCUGAACGAAAACAGUUCACAAGCUGUUGUAGGAGUUUCUGUGCUAUUCGCAAAGUAGCCUGCGAGGAAGCUAUCUGUACACCUCUUCUCAACAGGGGUGGAGGGAAGGAGAACGAGAGAGAAAGUGUCACGGAUUGAUCCUCUAUCAAUCAUUUAGCGUUUUGGUAAUUUGACAAUAAGGUUGCAUUCAUAAUCAAAGACGAGAAACUUACUAAAAAUACUAACAAGCGCAAAGAAAAUAAUCAAGCAAGUAACACACAGGCGACUUUUCGAAUCCUUUCUCGUACACCAUUGAUCACGUGCACAAGUCAGAUUAACAUUAUGAGGUUACUAGCCAGAUGGGCUGAUCUUUCAUGGAAGGAGGGAAAAACCCCUAAGUUGAUUAUUUGUUAUUCAAAUUUUGGUUUCGCUUUCAGUCGUUUUCAAUAGACGGUAAGGUUAUUUGUGCAGAAGUUACGCCGAUUGAGAAACUCGAUCUUUUCUUUGCGUGCAGUGAUUUAUAUUAACUUUUCUCCUUAGACUACCGAGCUGAGAUGAAGAUCUGAGUCAUGGCGGAAAGGCAAGUCAAAUCGCGUGAAGCAAAAGUGGAUUUGGAUGAAGAUGUUUUAGAAGUCAUAGCCCAAGGCCCAGCUCCAGACCCAGGCCCUUCUGAUGAGAAACCUGAUUUCGAUGAUGAUACUCUUAAAGCGAUAGCAGAAGUCUAUCAGGAAGAAGGUGACAAAGAACUUACAAGAAAAGAAGUUUGUAACGCGAUAUACUUCUACACGGAAGGAAUUCAAGUGAACUGUAAGGAUGUCCAAGUGAACGCUAAGCUGUACAGCAACAGGGCAACAGCUUAUUACCAUCUCGGAAAUUACCAAGAAGCCCUGAAUGAUGCAACAGCUGCCGUCAAUUUGGAACCAACUUUGAUUAAAGCCAUAGAAACCGGAGCAAGUGCUUGUGAGCAGCUACAGUGUUAUGAAGACGCCAUACUGUGGUGUGAGAAGGGAUUGGCAAAUGACAAGACUAACAAGACAUUACUAGAUUUACGAGCCAGGUGUGUUGGUGAUCGAAAUGAAUUACAAGAAGCAAAGAGCAAUGCAGAAACUCACCCUGUGAAGGGCCAGUCAGUCAUGGCGGAAAGUGAAAUUGAGUCACGUGAAGCAAAAGUGGACUUUGAUAAAGAUGUUUUAGAAGUCAUAGUCCAAGGCCCAGUUACAGGCCCAGGCCCAUCUGAUGAAAAACUUGACUUUGAUGAUGAUACAGUAAGAGCGAUAGCAGAAGUGUACAGCAACAGGGCAACAGCUUAUUACCGUCUCGGGAAUUUCCACGAGGCACUGAAUGAUGCAACAACUGCCGUCAAGCUGGAACCAACUUUGAUGAAAGCCAUUAAAACUGGAGCAAGUGCUUGUGAGCAGCUACAUUGUUAUGAAGACGCCAUAUUGUGGUGUGAGAAGGGAUUGGCCAUUGACAAGACUAACAAAACAUUGCUAAUUUUACGAGCCAGGUGUGUUGGUCAUCGAAAUAAAUUACAAGAAGCAAAGAGCAAUCCAGAAACUCACCCUGUAAAUGGCCAGAAAAAUACCAACGUUUUACCGAAAACCACGGAAGAUGUAGAAGAUAAAACACAAGCUGAACCUGGCAAAAAUUAUGACUCUCUGACAAAUCUCGAGAGAGAAAUUGAGUGCCAUGCAAGUUGUCUAAAAAUUGCAAAAGAAGUAGGACACAAAACUGGAGAAGAAGCGUCAUAUUGUAAUCUUGGCAACGCUUGUCAAAGUCUGGAAGAUUUCAAAAAAGCCAUCGAGUACCAUAAACGUCAGAUAAAAAUUGCCAAAGAAUCGGGAGACAGGCAAGGAGAAGGAAGGUCGUAUGGUAAUCUUGGCAACGCUUAUUACUGCCUGGGAGAUUUCAAAACAGCCAUCAAGUACCAUGAACCUCAGCUAAAAAUUGCCAAAGAAGUGCGAGACAGGCCUGGAGAAGGAAGGGCGUAUAGUAAUCUUGGCGAGGCUUAUUACCGUCUGGGAGAUUUCAAAAAAACCAUCGAGUACCUCGAACGUCAUCUGAAAAUUGCCAAAGAAGUGGGAGACAGAGCUGAAGAAGGAAGGUCAUAUGGUAAUCUUGGCGCCGCUCAUGAUCGUCUGGGAGAUUUUAACAAAGCCAUCGAGUAUCAUGAACGUCAUCUAAAGGUUGCCAAAGAACUGGGAGACAGGCCUGGAGAAGGAAGGUCGUAUGGUAAUCUUGGCAAUGGUUAUCAAAGUCUGGGAGAUUUCAGAAAAGCAAUCGAAUACCAUGAACGUCAUCUGAAAAUUGUCAAAGAAGUGGGACAAAGGCCUGGAGAAGGAGGUUCGUAUGGUAAUCUUGGGAACGCUUAUUACCGUCUGGGAGAUUUCAGAAAAGCCAUCGAGUACUUUAAACUAGAUCUAAAAAUUGUCAAAGAAGUGGAAGACAGGGCCGGAGAAGGAAGCUUGUAUAAUAAUCUUGGCAAUGCUUAUCACCAUCUGGGAGAUUUUAAAAAAGCUAUGGAGUACUAUGAACUAGAUCUAAAAACUGCCAAAGAAGUGGGAGACAGGCCUGGAGAAGGAAGGUCAUAUGGUAAUCUUGGCAACGGUUAUCAAAGUCUGGGAGAUUUCAAAAAAGCGAUCGAGUACCAUGAACGUUAUCUGAAAAUUGCGAAAGAAUUGGGAGACAGGCCUGGAGAAGGAAGGUCGUAUGGUAGUCUUGGCAACGCUUAUUACAGUCUGGGAGAUUUCAGGAAAGCCAUCAAGUACUUUGAACGUCAUCAAAAAAUUGCCAAAGAAGUUGGAGACAGGGCUGAAGAAGAAAGCUUGUAUGGCAAUCUUGGCACCGCUUAUCAAGGUCUGGGAGAUUUCAAAAAAGCCAUCGAGUACCAUGAACGUCGUCUAAAAGUUGCAAAAGAAGUGGGAGACAGGCCUGGUGAAGGAGACUCAUAUGGUAAUCUUGGCAUCGCUUAUUACAGUCUGGGAGAUUUCAAAAAAGCCAUCGAAUACCAUAAACUACAUCAAAAAAUUGCCAAAGAAGUGGGAGACAGGGCUGGAGAAGGAAGCUCGUAUGGCAAUCUUGGCAACGCCUAUCAAAGUCUGGGAGAUUUCGAAAAAGCCAUCGAGUACUGUGAACGUAGUCUAAAAAUUGUCAAAGAAGUGGGGGCCAGGGCUGGAGAAGGAGGCUCGUGUGGUAAUCUUGGCAACGCUUAUUUCCGUUUGGGAGAUUUCAAAACAGCCAUCGAGUACCAUGAACGUCACUUAAAAAUUGCCCAAGAAGUGGGAGACAAGCCUGGAGAAGGAAGGUCGUAUGGUAAUCUUGGCAUCGCUUAUCAAUGUCUGGGAGAUUUCGAAAGAGCCAUCCAGUGCUUUGAACGUCAUCUAAAAAUUGCCAAAGAAAUAGAAGACAGGGUUGGAGAAGGAGGGUCGUAUGGUAAUCUUGGCAACACUUAUCACCGUCUGGGAGAUUGCAGAAAAGCCAUAGAGUACCAUGAACUAGAUCUAAAAAUUGCCAAAGAAGUGGGAGACAGGGCUGGAGAAGGAAGGUCGUAUGCUAAUCUUGGCAACGCUUAUCUAAGUCUGGGAGAUUUUAAAAAAGCCAUCGAGUACCUUGAGCGUCAUCUAAAAAUUGCCAAAGAAGUGGGAGACAGGGCUGGAGAAGGAAGGUCGUAUGCUAAUCUUGGCAACGCUUAUCUAAGUCUGGGAGAUUUUAAAAAAGCCAUCGAGUACCUUGAGCGUCAUCUAAAAAUUGCCAAAGAAGUGGGAGACAGGGCUGGAGAAGGAAUUUCGUAUGGAUAUCUUGGCAUCGCUUAUGCUAGUCUGGGAGAUUUCAAAAAAGCCAUCGAGUACCAGGAACGUCAUCUAAAAAUUGCCAAAGAAGUGGGAGAUAGGGCUGGAGAAGGGGAGGCGUAUUAUGGUCUUGGUAAUGUCUUUGAAUCUCAGGGGUCUCAAUUGCGGGCUCUUGAGUGUUACAAUUCUAGCGUGCGAUUGUUCAAUGAUGUUAGGCAGCAACUGCAAGGUAAAGAUGAGUGGUGUGUUAGCUACCGCAACCUUAAGGAUUUGGCUUAUACUAGAUUAUGGCGUCUAAUGUUAAAACAAGGUAACGAAAUUGAGGCUUUGUUUGCUGUUGAGGAAGGACGCGCACAAGCUCUGAAGGAUCUUCUAAAUUCAAAGUACGAAACUGAAACACCACAUAUAAUGGAUAAAAUGACUUGGGAGACAUUAAGUUGCCUUCCAUUGAAUACAGUCUUUAUGGCAGUUCAUGAAAGAGAAAUCAUUUUCUGGAUUAUUCAAAAUGGAAAGGAUGUUCAAUUAAGAAGAAAAGAAAUCAGGCAUAACAAUUCGAAGGAUUCUGCAACCGCUGUGUUGGAGUUGUUAAAUCACAAUGUUCAUGAGGAAAUUGGCGUCAGAGGUGGUUUGAAAUGUGAAGAUCGCUCAUUGGAUAGGGGGAGCGAAAUCGAGCCGACCAAGAAGAAGAGCUAUCAAACCCUAUCCCAAUCCACCCUUAUUGAUUCCAAUGUUUUAAGAACAUGGUAUGACAUCACUAUUAGCCCCAUCAAAGACUUGAUUAAUGGCAGUGAACUGCUAUUUGUUCCCGAAGGUCAACUAUGCUUGGCUCCCUAUGCUGCAUUCAUGGAUUCUAAUUCAAAGUACUUGAGCGAGUCUUUCGGAAUUCGAGUUAUUCCGUCAUUGAAUAGUUUGAAAUUGAUCAAAGACUGCUCGCCAAAUUACCACAAGAAGUUUGGGGCGCUGCUUGUGGGAGAUCCGUGCUUAGAAGAAGUUCGUCCUGUGUCCAUUCUAGAACAGUUGCCAUGUGCUAAAAAGGAGGUAGAGAUGAUUGGAAAAAUACUCAACACUGCUCCACUAACUGGAAAAGAAGCAACAAAAGAUGAAGUGCUGAGGAGACUCUCCACUGUUGCUUUGGUGCACAUUGCAGCACAUGGUAGGAUGGAAACAGGAGAAAUUGCUUUGGCACCAAAUCCUAUACGAGAUUCCCAGAUCCCUAUUGAAGAAGACUUCUUGCUAACAAUGAGUGAUGUGAUGAGAGUUCAAAUGCGAGCAAGACUGGUUGUGCUAAGCUGUUGCCAUAGUGGUCGUGGUGAGGUUAAGGCUGAGGGAGUGGUUGGCAUUGCACGAGCCUUUUUGGGUGCCGGUGCUCGCUCUGUUCUUGUGUCUCUGUGGGCAAUUGACGACGAAGCCACUCUGGAGUUCAUGAAGAGUUUCUACCUUCACCUAGCAGAAGGAAGAAGUGCCAGUGAAUCUGUGAACCGAGCCAUGAAUUGUCUGAGAGAGUCUGAGAAAUUUAGCGCAGUGAAGUAUUGGGCUCCAUUUGUACUCAUCGGUGAUGAUGUUACCUUGGACUUGGCUAAAGGCGAUUAGAUGAACUUCAAUAUAGCUAAAGGUUGUCGAGUGCAUUUAUCAAUACGGAGGAGAGGGACACUUAAGGGUUCUUAUUGCGAGAAUGCCAAAUACUCUUAAUUUUUAAGUGCAAAUAGCUAACUGGCCAACAGUUUGUAGCAAAAUGCUCAUCUGAUAUAGCAUUAGAGUCGUAUCAAUUUGUAUCCGUAAACGAUUUGCACAAACGUUAAACAUGAGUGACAACUCAAGAAGUGAUUAUUCGAUACCCCUGGACAUAUUAUUUAAUAGGGCUGUGUUAUAGUAGCUUAGAAGUAAUCAUAACUUGAUGGUAAGUUCACGCACUGUCUUACCUUAACAAAAUAGCAACAUUUUAGUAAUUUCUGAAAAUUGCGAAUUAAGGUGGUUUUUUGCAUAAUAUGUUAAAUAUCCAAAGUGAAAAAAACAUAAGUAUUUUGUUAAAGAAUAGUAGCAAAAGUUUUCAGGUGUUAGAUUAUACCAAAAUGCUUAAAUUGUUUUUAGAAAUAGACGAACCGCUUAGAUAGGACAAGCUGUUUCUUGUUGAGUUAACAAUGUGUCAUGUUAAGUAUUUUGUGCACAUUGUGUGACAUGUUUGUGAUAUGCAUUUGAAUUUUCAGCGAUUUUUUCAUGUAAAUUAUAAUCGUUGAACUGAGAUUAGUCCUAGAUUGAUUUCAAAUAUAAUAAUACUUGUUUAAGGAGAACGGCAAUAAAGUGCCUUG